GACGUUGGCCUCCUAACCGCGAGGGCCGCGGGGGAGGAGGGGCGCGCGGACGGGCGUCUUCGGGGUCUGCAAGCCCCCAUCCGGUAUCUCGGGGCUGUUAGAUGUGAAUCCCGAUGGACCAGCCCGAGGAAGGCGAGCAGCCGCGGCAGGAGCCCUGGGGGAGGCUCCUCCGCCUGGGCGCCGAGGAGGGCGAGCCUUACAUCCCGCUGUGGAAACGGGAGUGGACCAUCGGGCGGAGAAGAGGUUGUGACCUUUCAUUCCCUGGCAAUAAGCUGGUCUCUGGAGAUCACUGUAAGAUCAUAGUGGAUGAAAAGUCUGGUCAGGUGUCCCUGCAGGAUACCAGUACCAACGGGACGGUAAUUAACAAGCUGAAGAUUGUGAAGAGGCAGACCUGCCCUUUGCAGACAGGGGAUGUCAUCUACGUGGUGUACAGGAAGAAUGAGCCGGAACACAAUGUGGCGUACCUCUAUGAAUCUUUAAAGGAAAAGCAAGGCGUCACACCAGAGUCCUUUGAAGCAAAUAAAGAAAAUGUGUUCCUCAUGACCGAAGAUACCUCAGGAGCAGGGAGCGGUGGUGACACCCGGGCCCUGCCCCCACCGCCUGCCACCCCAGUGUGCUUUGAGGAGCCACAGCCAUCCACGUCGACAUCAAAUCUCUUCCACACGGCCUCUACCUCGUCCUCGGAGCCUGCUUCUUUGCGUCAAGAGCAUCCCUCUGCGUCCGGUCCUGGAGGUGUAGGCCUUCCCUCGCAGGGUUGUGGUCCCGCCGUGGCAGGUGAGGAAGCCUCCAGCUCUGUGUCUGUGCUCCCCGACAGAGAGGGCAGACCAUUGUCGUUGGAGCCCCAGGGUUGGGAAGACUGGGAGCCCACGAAAAAGAAGAUGAAAGGAGACGGGGAGGCCAGUCCAGGCCCUCCACUGCUUGUCGCAGACCCGUGUCAGGACCCCCCUGCUGGCCGAGAGGACAGUCGAGCUGAGGCUGUGAAACCAGACAGGAUGGAGGAGACACUCACCUGCAUCAUCUGCCAGGAGCUGCUGCAUGACUGUGUCAGCCUGCAGCCCUGUAUGCACACCUUCUGUGCCGCCUGCUACUCGGGCUGGAUGGAGCGCUCUUCCCUGUGCCCCACCUGCCGCUGCCUGGUGGAGCGGAUCUGCAAGAACCACAUGCUCAACAACCUGGUGGAGGCCUACCUCACCCAGCACCCAGACAAGGGGCGCACUGAGGAAGACGUGCAGAGCAUGGAUGCCAGGAACAAAAUAAUUCAGGAUAUGCUGCAGCCCAAGGUUAGGAGGUCGUUCUCAGAUGAGGAGGGCAGUUCAGAGGACCUGCUGGAGCUAUCGGAUGUAGACAGUGAAUCCUCGGACAUCAGUCAGCCGUACAUCGUGUGCAGACAAUGUCCGGAAUCCAGGAGGCAGGCACAGCCGUUCCCCUGCUUGGGGCCCGAGGGCGAGCAGGGGUCCCCGCAGGCCCCGGGGGACACCCCAUCCACGUCUGCUAGUCUCUCAGCAGCAGCCCAGGACUACGUGUGCCCAGCACAGGGGAGCCACGCUGUCUGCACCUGCUGCUUCCAGCCCAUGCCCGACCGCAGAGCGGAGCGCGAACAGGACCCCCGUGUCGCCCCACAGCAGUGUGCAGCGUGCCUGCAGCCCUUCUGCCACCUGUACUGGGGCUGCACCCGGCCCGGCUGCUUCGGCUGCCUGGCCCCGCUCUGCGAGCUCAACCUUGGGGACAAGUGUCUAGACGGUGUGCUGAACAACAACAACUACGAGUCAGACAUCCUGAAGAAUUACCUGACAGCCAGGGGUUUGACUUGGAAGAACUUGUUGACAGACAGCCUGGUGGCUCUGCAGAGGGGGAUGUUCCUGCUGUCUGACUAUAGGAUCACGGGAGACACGGUGCUGUGCUACUGUUGCGGCCUGCGCAGCUUUCGGGAGCUGGCCUACCAGUAUCGGCAGAACAUUCCCGCUUCUGAACUGCCAGUGGCUGUAACAUCCCGUCCUGAUUGCUAUUGGGGUCGCAACUGCCGAACUCAGGUGAAAGCACACCAUGCCAUGAAAUUCAAUCAUAUUUGUGAACAAACACGGUUCAAGAACUAAACGUCAGGUGAAGCACCAAAACGAUUGGAGAGGUGAAGGUUAAGUGACAGACGCUUCCCAAAGUUCCAAAUGCAAGCAUCCUAAGGGCAUUUUCCUGGUUCCCUUCUCAGGGGAAGUGGGAUCUCGGCGUCAGGGACUCUGGUGUGGCUCUCGCACUUUGUGGAGCUUUACCCUCUAGUGAGAGCUUUCCAAGUGGCCAAAGGCCUAGCUGGCCUACAACCGUCUUCCCAACUGGGUGCUUGUCCCCAGCACACUGCCCCGGGGCCGGGGCCUUUAUCCAGGAGUCCCUGCACUUCUUCAGCGUCCCCGGGCAGCUGAAACCUGAGAGCUUCCCAUCAGAAAGCUGUGUUCCUUCUGUGCACAUGACAGUAGUAAGCUUUGCUGUUUUUACCCCUUCCACAAUUACAAUGAAAUUCCUUCGUGAAAAGUUUCGUAGGAGAAAAGGCAGUUUAUCAGACAAUUUUGUCAUUUAGGGAAAUGGGGCCCAAGCUUACAGCCUGUCAGGUGUACAGAAUGUGCUGCUGUGGAGAAAACCACAGUGUUUUAUGUAGUUUUUAUUUUAAUACGUUUGGUGCUUACCUUCUUCUCAUAAGACUUAAAAGUAGCACAAAUAAUAUAAUUUAUAAUUUACAAAUUGAUGAAAUUUGGAGUAGUAUUUGAAAGAAUAAAUGUGUGUUUCUGUUUCUUAAAAAAAAGACCAUCAGAUGUCCAAAACUGCUGACUUUCAAGCUUCCAGCAUUAAGUCAGUGUCCGUCCUUCUCAGAACUGUGUGAGUCAAUUGUCUGAACAUCUCAGCCUGGUUCUUGUGGGGCUGUUUGUGCAACCAGCAGCUGUGGGGCCAGGCACAGGCAGCUGCUGGAGUGCUUGGCCUCAGGGACCUGCCGGGCGAUGGUGACCUAUCUGAGCUCCUCUCCUUCCAUUCUCUGCUGUAGCCAGAAAGCCCUUCCUUGCUAAUGUCACACCCUUCUGUUCCCUCCCUGCAUCCCUGGGGCCAUCGAGGCUGUGGGUUGUGGGGUGGUGGUGGGUGGAAGCUGGGUGUUGUGAAGGUGCAGGACAGCUUCCCAGUGCCAGCUCCAUGCCCCCAUCAUGGCUUUGGCCGUGUGCUCUGGCAUCACUUCUGUCCGUCUGUCCUGCCAAGGUCCCAGAGCCCAUGGAGAGAGCGCCUGGGAUCAGUUCUUGCCGUGGGCAUGGCCUUGGCCCCCCCUCACACCUGCCCUGCCCUUGUACAUUGGGACCGCCAUCUCAUCUGGAAUGAUACUUGAAAUGUUUGUAAGAAAAAUUGCUUUUUAACUGUCAUUGAAAUCACCUGUUAUAUUUGUUCGCAAACAAUUUUUUUGCUUCUUCUCAGGAAUACGAUUUUCAACUGUUGUCUUGCUCUUGAUACACAUGCUGAGAAGCAGCUCUCUGAGUAUGUGGGAAAGGCGUUUUUUUCUUUCUAGUAGCCAGCUGUGUGGUAUCUCUCCCCUCACACCUGGUGCAUGCCAGACCGAAGCCUGCAGGUUGUGCCGGAAAUGAAGCGGGUGUUCUCAACCCCGGAGGCCGCACUCGUGUGUGACGAAGGAAAUAUCCUCCUUGCUGUCGGCUGACUGACAUGGGCUCCAUCAUCAGACUGACCCCACCCCAGGGCACAGCCCAGUCGCCCACGGUGAAUUGGAUGGCAUGUUGGCAGUGCCGCUGGAGGGCCCGGCAGCCCACCUCCCGCCGGGCCCAGGUUUGUUCCUCCUGCCUCAGGAGGCAUCCUCGUGCCGUCACCCUCGUCUGUGCCUCAGGUUGCCCUGCCACCCUGUCCCUGCCUCAGCCCCACCAGACACCCCUGCCCCUUGGAGGACACACACUGUUAGGGGAACACACAGCAGCCCCCGGGUCUGCCAGGUCUGCCCAUGGAGGCAAGGGGGCUCCAGUUCCAGGCGACGCGCACUCCCCACCUCCGUUCUCCCGUGAUUGAGGGUUCUUUCGGGACCAUGCCCAGCAGACCUGCGGCGCCUUGUCCUAGCAAGCACUUGGGUCUCCAGGAUAGAACUGUGCCCUGGCCUGAGCCCAGGAAGCAGGCCCAGUGGUGGUUGGACGGUGAUGGUGUUUGCGGGGUGGCCAGUUGUGGGCUCCUACAGUGUGUGAUGAUUUUUUGUAUUUCCUGUCCUUCAACACCCUCCCUCCCCCAAAAAAGAACCUCCACGUGCUCGAGAAGCCUGCUGUCUGUGUCUCCCUGUCCCGCCACCCUGGCCGUGUGGGUGUGGAUCGUGGGUGGCCAUAGGGUCUCUGAGCUGCUGCUCUGACUCCUAGGGCUGAACUCAGGACAGACCAAUGUUGGGUCUCCAGCUGCCCCUGGCCCCUCGAAUGUCCCCAGUGAGCAGCAGACGCUAACAACUGUCUCCCACGGCCUCAUCCCCAUCUUCCCCGUUAGAUUCUGGGGCCGCCUCUUCCUUACAUCAGUGUGCAUCUCCAAUUCACGCUCAGAAUUGCCACUUCCUGGUCUGAAGGGGAUUCUGAGCUAUUAGCAAGAAGAGGGGCCUCCUGCAGGCUCCAUUCCCUGGAGGCAGGUUUGGCUCAAGUCUGUCAUGGUUCACAACUUGUUGGCCAACCCAAAACAGAAAAGAAAGCACUGAGUAGUUUGGAUCAGCCCUCCCACUGAAGACGACUCACAAAGGUGGUUGAAACAGGUUUUAAAUCAUCCUGAAUCCCUCAGAGCUAACAGGAUUGGAGUUACCGGGCCCAGAUCAGAGAGACAGGCCCAGCAGGCUGACCCCGCCCGAUGGCAGAAUAAGGCACAUGCAGGGUCCUGGUGACACCCCCUUCUGUGGGCUCCUAGCCCUGGAGGAGGGUGAACAGGAGUGGGAUCAGCCUUUACACCACCUGCAGUGGCACUGAGGCACAAAGGCCAGGUCCUGGAGCUGUGUCACCAUAGCGCUCUCUGGAGAAGGAACACAAAAAAGGGGACGUUUCAGGUUUAGGAAGCCCCGAGUUGACCAUGCAUCACAGGUGACUGGAAGCAUGGGGCCUAAGGUCAAGCCACCCCUGUCCCCGUAUCUCCCCAUGUUGGCCCCGCCAGUGGCAGGACGGCCGUCAGCUACCACCCCUCAGGUCUUAUCUAGGCUGAAGACAGGUGUCACUGACCUGAUCCUGCGUUGGGUGAGCCACGGUCCGAUGAGCCAGACAGAGCUGUCUCCUAGAGCUCUGUCCCCCCUGGCAGGUAGGCACGGAGCCCCCUACAGGCAGAGGGAGAUGGGACUGUUGCCCCAGAAGGGCAGUGGCUGCUGGGAUGCAGACCUUGCCAGCAGUAGCCAUAGGGGUGUAGGCUGAGUCCUGCCAGAGUGGGACCUCACUGUCCUGGAGGUGAGAGGAGCAGUCAGACUGCACUGCCCCCUCAGGGAGCGGCACCCUCUGGCAAGUUCUGCUUGGAAAUACGAUCCCAUCCUUCCUUGCUGCACAGGCAAGCUGGUGUGGGGUGUAGGAGGGAAGGCCGUGUGUGGAGAAGAGACAGGCCUCUCUGACCAGCUGGUCCCUGUUGUUUUAUCACUGGGAUGUUGCGGCAGCCCCCUACAGAAUCCAGUCCAUAAUCCUUGGUGGGCGCAUGAGAUUUGUCACACCUGGUGCCUGUGGCACCGUCAGCCCCUAUUUCCACCACUCACUGCCUGGGGAUGCCUCAGUCUCAUCUGUGAAAAGGAAACUCCACAGGGUGUUGAGGGGAUGUAGGCACUGCUGCACAUUAAGGGUUUAGAGUAGCCUGGUGCAGAGGACACUCAGUAAAUGUCAGCGGUCCUUCCACCUUCCGGCAGAAUCUUCCAGCACUAAUUUGGGCAUGCCACAUGCCGUUUCAUUUCUGUUUGGCAAGUGUGUGGCUUUGCUUCGAAUUUCUUUUCUUUCUGUCAUCUCCUCGCUUCACCGGCUGACAAACCAAAACCCCAAGAACCAUUUUCAUUUUCUCAUGCUCCAGUCCCAAAUCUACCAGCAAGUCCUGUGACCUCUCCCUCGACUCUGUUACUUCCAGAGGGUGUCUUCCGUUCCUCCUUACCUGGCUCCUACUUCCACUCUGCUUUCGAUCUGUCUCCACAAAGUGGCAUGGAAUGGUCAUGUAAAACCAAGUCAGGUGUGUCACUUCCUUCCCAUGCAGUGACCAUGAAACCCUAGCCCCUGCACGGCUGCAGUAGGUGGUCCCAUCGUGGCCUCAAUGCUGCCCUCCAGUUCCUGGGCCCUUGGACGUGCUCUCCACCCUGGUCCCGAGCUGGGUCAUGUCUCGCUUUGGCCGGCCAGACGGCAGCAAAUGAUGCAAAGAGGACAGCAGUGCUUGUUUCUCAGAGUGCGCCAGGGCUGCACAGCGGCCUCGACUCCUGAAGAUGAAGGGUCACUGGCAGAGGCCUGUUCCUCCUGCUGAGCCAGAUCCACUGGCCGACACAGGUGAACCGCAGGGGAGCUAGCCUCACCAGCUUCCACGUGCGAGCAGUUUCGUUUUCAGGAAUUUUUUGAGCCAGUUAAACAGCCAUUACUAAAUCAGAUGAAGUAAGAAUGAAAUAAAUUACAUCAAAAAUAGAUACGGCAAGUACUCAAGACUCAUCACUUCCUAGUUAAUUCACCACAUUUGUCUAUAAUCUAAGCUCUUGUGGGCUGAUGUGUUUGUGCUGUAGAAGUUCGUAUGAUGGCAUGCGCUAUCGGAGGUCACUUCCUAAGCUUAUUUUCCAGCUGCAGAAAAGCUGGAAAAUAAUAUGGUGAACACUCGCGAGCCCUUCACCUAGAGUCACCAAUUGUUGGCUUUUUCACAUUUGCAUUCUCUCUGUCCGUGUGUUAUUUCCAUGCAUAUUAUUCUGCUAAGCCACAGAGAGAAAAUCAUUAGCUAUAAAUGCCUCAGUCUGUAUCUCCUAAGAAAAAAAAGUCUGUUAUAUGACCAGUAUAAUGACACUUCACUUGUCUUCUCGAGAGGCCCUUUGAAAUCUGUUCAAUUCUCUUACUUCAUCAAUUCUUCCUUUAACUUUAGCUGCUCGACGUUCGAGAGCAAGUUUCAGAGUCUCCUCUGACGUCCAUCUUGGUCUUUUCUUUCUUUCCUGUCUUUUCAAUGACCUCUUGCUUUCUUCAUGGAUGAUGUCCUUGAUGUCAUUCCACAACUCGUCUGGUCUUCGGUCACUAGUGUUCAAUGCGUCAAAUCUAUUCUUUAGAUGGUCUCUAAAUUCAGGUGGGAUAUACUUAAGGUCAUAUUUUGGCUCUCGUGGACUUGCUCUGAUUUUCUUCAGUUUCAACUUCAACUUGCAUAUAAGCAAUUGAUGGUCUGUUCCACAGUUGGCCCCUGGCCUUAUUCUGACUGAUGAUAUUGAGCUUUUCCAUUGUCUCUUUCCACAGAUGUAGUCAAUUUGAUUUCUGUGUGUUCCAUCUGGCGAGGACUGUGUGUAUAGUCACCGUUCAUGUUGGUGAAAGAAGUUAUUUGCAAUGAAGAAGUCGUUGGUCUUGCAAAAUUCUGUCAUUCGAUCUCCGGCAUUGUUUCUAUCACCAAGGCCAUAUUUUCCAACUACCGAUCCUUCUUUGUUUCCAACUUUCGCGUUCCAAUCGCCAGUAAUUACCAAUGUAUCUUGAUUGCAUGUUCAAUCAACUUCAGACUGCAGCAGCUGAUAAAAAUCUUCUAUUUCUUCAUCUUUGGCCCUAGUGGUUGGUGUGUAAAUUUGAAUAGUAGUCUUAUUAACUGGUCUUCCUUGUAGCCGUGUGGAUAUUAUCCUAUCACUGACAGCGUUGUACUUCAGGAUACACCUUGAAACAUUAUUUUUGACGAUGAAUGCAACACCAUUCCUCUUCAAGUUGUCAUUCCCAGCAUAGUAGACUAUAUGAUUGUCCGAUUCAAAAUGGCCAAUACCAGUCCGUUUCAGCUCACUAAUCCCUAGGAUAUCGAUGUUUAUGAGUUCCAUUUCAUUUUUGACAAUUUCUAAUUUUCCUAGAUUCAUACUUUGUACAUUCCAGGUUCUGAUUAUUAAUGGAUGUUUGCAGGUGUUUCCUCUCAUUUUGAGUGUGCGUCAGGGUUGUAUUCUUUCACCAUACCUACUUAAUCUGUAUGCUGAACAAAUAAUACGAGAAGCUGGACUUUAUGAAGAAGAACGGGGCAUCAGGAUUGGAGGAAGACUCCUUAACAACCUGCGUUAUAGAGCUGACACAACCUUGCUUGUUGAAAGUGAAGAGGACUUGAAGCACUUACUAAUGAAAAUCAAAGACCACAGCCUUCGGUAUGGAUUGCACCUCAACAUAAAACAAAAAUCCUCAUAACUGGACCAAUGAGCAACAUCAUGAUAAACGGAGAAAAGAUUGAAGUUGUCCAGGAUUUCAUUUUACUUGGAUCCACAAUCAACAGCCAUGGAAGCAGCAGUCAAGAAAUCAAAAGACACAUCACAUUGGGUAAAUCUGCUGCAAAGGACCUCUUCAAAGUGUUGAAGAGCAGAGACGUCACCCUGAAGACUAAGGUGCGCCUGACCCAAGCCAUGGUAUUUUCAAUUGUAUCAUAUGCAUUUGAAAGCUGGACAAUGAAUAAGGAAGACCGAAGAAGAGUUGACGCCUUUGAAUUGUGGUGUUGGUGAAGAAUAUUGAAUAUACCAUGGACUGCCAAAAGAACGAACAAGUCUGUCUUGGAAGAAGUGCGGCCAGAAUGCUCCUUAGGAGCAAGGAUGGUGAGACUUCAUCUUACAUACUUUGGACGUGUCGUCAGGCAGGAUCAGUCCCUGGAGAAGGACAUCAUGCUUGGCAGAGUACAGGGUCAGCAGAGAAGAGGAAGACCCUCAAUGAGGUGGAUUGACACAGUGGCUGCAACAAUAUAAGGAUGGUGCAGGACUGGGCAGGGUUUCGUUCUGUUGUGCAUAGGGUCGCUAUGAAUAGGAACUGACUCGACGGCACCUAACAGCAACGACAUGACCAGCAUAAUUACCAGAUUCAGGAAAUUAAACGUCGAGGCAUUGCUAUUACCUAAUGUACAGUCCCUGCCUAAUUGUAGCAAUUAUCUCAUCAGUAUCCUUGAAAGACCAUUUUGUUUUCCAAUCCAAAAUAUGCCCUGCAUUUAGCCGUCAUUUCUUUUCAGCCUACAUUAGCCUUGUGUGUCCUCAGCCUUUGUCUCUCAUGAAACGUGGCGAAGAGGCCACGUGUCUAUUUGGGUGUAUCUGCCGUUUACUCAUGAUCAGGUUUAGAUUAUGCAUUUUUGGCAGCAGCACUACACAAACUUAUCCCAUCAGGAGGCAGGUGAAGUCAGUGUGUCCAUUGUUGUUGACGCUUAGUCAAGGUGGUGACUACCAGUUUUCUCCACUGUAGAUGUAACUUUCCCCUUUGCAUGUAGUAAUAUGCGGGAGAUGCUUUGCGACUGUAAUAUCCUGUCGUCUAAUAAACUUUUAUACACUCGGCAUCUAUUGAAGAUUCUUGCCUGGACCUGUUAUUACUAAACUGUUUAAAAUAGUGAUUUUCCCAGACUACAUGCCUUCUAAAUUUAUGGGUUGUCCACCCGCCUCUUUUGUGUUUGCUUGUUUUUCGCAUCCAUUUGGACUCAUGCAUUCUUUUUUAUCAAUGCGUUGCAAUAAAUAAUUGCCAUAAUAAAUUCUGAUGCUAAAAUUGACUCAGAUUUGGCCAGUGGGAGCCGCCUCAAUAUAACUCCGAAGUCGUCUUUUUUUUUUAAUGACAGGUUUAUUGAGAUGUAAUCCAUUUACUAUGAAGCUCAUCCUUUUAAAAUGUACAGCUCAGUAUUUGGUAUUUCCCAGAGUUGUGCAUCAACUAGGCUUUUGUGUGGACACAAGUUUCGUUUCUCUGGGGCAGAUGCCUAGGUACGCAGUCUCUGGGUCAUGUGGUUACACGUAAUUUUUUAUGAAACUGCCAAACAAUUUUCCAGAGGGUGCACUAUUUAACAUCCCUCCUAUCAGCUUAAGAAAUCUAGUUUCUCCACAUCCUUGCCAGCACUUGGUAUUGUCACUAUUUUUUUUUAAUUUUAGCUGCUUUAAUAGUUGUGUAGAAGCUCUGGUUGCACAGUGGUUAAGCACUUGGCUGCUAAGCAAAAGAACGUCAGUUGGAAUCCACUAGCGGCUCUGUGGGAGAAGUGGCAGCCUUGGAAACCCUAUGGGGCAGUUCUGCUGUGUCCUAUAUGGUUGCUAUGAGUCGGAAUCAACUUGAUGGCCACGGGUUUAGUUUUGGUGGUUUAAUAGGUGUGUGGUAAUAUUUCAACGUGGCCUUAAUUUGCAUUUCCCUAAUGUCUAGUGAUGUUGAACAUCUUUUCACAAGCCUGUUGUCAUCUGUAUGUCCUUUUUGGUGAAGUGUGUCUUAAUGUCUUUCAGCUGUUUUCUAUUUGUAUUUUUUUGUUUUUACUGUUAAGUUUUGCGACUAUAUAUUCCAGUGAUUUGCCCUCUGUCAGAUAUGUAGGGAGCCCUGGUGGCACCCUGGUUGCUAACUGAGAGGUCAGAGGGUUGAACCCACCCAGCAACUCCAGAGGAGAAGGAUGUGGCAGUCUAGUCUGGUAAAGAUUUACACCUUGGAAACCCUAUGGGGCAGUUGUACUGUGUCUUAUAGGGUCGUUAUGAGUCAGAACGACUCCACAGCAAUGGGGUUUUUAUUUUUUGGUCAGAUAUGUGGUUGCAAUUUUUUUCUCACAACCUGUAGCCUGUCUUUUCACCCUGUCAACAGUCUUUCUCAGAAAGUUUUUCAUUUUGAUGAAGUGCAAUUGACGGAUUUGUCUCACCAAACCCUAGGUCCGCAAAAUGUUGUUUCCUUCUAAAAGUCUUAUACUUUUACAUUUAAGUCCGUGAUAACUUCGGGUUAAUUUUUGCAUUUGCAGAUGACAUGAUUAUCUACACAGAAGAUACCAAAAAAUCUACAAAAAAAAAAAAACCUCCGAGAAUUAGUAAUAAG